CAAAAAAUAGACUUGCAGUAAAAAUUCUUUGUGUUAUUUUACAAGCUUAGUGUAGUAAUGCGUUUUUCGAGCCAGCGCAUAUACUAGAAGAAAACAGGCAAAAUCGUAAUCAACAAAAUCAGCAAUCAAUUCAAAUUAACUACGAAUUUAAAUUGAAAUCUGUGUCAAAUUGUAUUGCUUAAAACUGUUGCCUAUCGCUUGGAAACAUAAACUAUAAUGAAGAUACCAUUCUUUAGCAGCUCGGCGCCCAAAGAACCCGAACCCAUAUCCUAUGCUUCGGAGUUUCGGGAUUUCAUACAAAAUAAUGCACCAUUGGACUUUGAGACAAAAAUGGCACGAGCGCGACCAUUUGUUUUCGCUAGCUUUAUAGCGUGGCCGGCGUUUUGGAUGUAUAGAGGCAUGGAUUGGAGCAAUAGGGCGCCGUUGGAACGUUCCUUGGUCAACUAUAUAAAUCGGACUUUUCAUCAAGCCAAGUUAAUGCAGUUUGCUAUACUCAGUUUGGGUCUAAUGUUUGCGGUAUAUGAAGAGAGUCCUCUUCUACAUAAAGUGAACUAUAUGCUUAAGGGUAUCGACCACGAAGACGAUUACAGAGGUAAACCUAGACCGGUUGAUUGAUUGAGAGUGAAUAACCAACUGAAAGAGCCAGGCUGUGAGAAAAUGGGGAAGAAGAAAGCGAACGUUUUUUUUAGUUUACAAAAAGUCCCAAAUUCGACAGAUCACAAAUUAAAUACACUUAUUAGCAAUUAAAUUUACUCAGAAAAAUUUAAAGAAAAAUUUAAUGUUUGCCAACUCAAACAAAACCACUAUAG